AUGGCCCUUUGUUUACGUUAUGUCAAUAAAAAAGGGAAGAUAACUGAGAGGUUUCUUGGAAUUGUACAUGUAAAGGAUACCACUGCUUUGUCACUAAAGAGUGCAAUUGAGUCUUUGCUUAUGGAGCAUUCUUUGAGUUUGUCUAGAAUUCGUGGACAAGGUUAUGACGGUGCUAGUAAUAUGAGGGGUGAGAUAAAUGGCCUCAAGACUUUGAUCAUGAAUGAAACAAAACAAGCUUAUUAUAUUCAUUGCUUUGCUCACCAACUUCAAUUAACCCUUGUUGCUGUUGCUAAGGAUAAUGAUGAUUGCAUUUGGUUAUUUGAUCAACUUGCUAUUUUGUUGAAUAUUAUUGGUGUUUCUUGUAAGAGAAAGGAAAUGAUAAGAGAAAUUCAAUCUCAACAUGUUUUGGAAGCAUUAGAUCUAGGAGAAAUUGAAAGUGGGCAAGGUUUAAACCAAGAACUUGGUUUAGGUAGGCCUGGUGAUACUAGGUGGGGGUCACAUUAUAAAACUGUUUCAAAUGUUACCUCAUUGUAUUCUACUAUUGUUAAAGUUUUUGAGAAGGUUGGAUCAAAUAAGAUUUAUAAGGAUGAUCGUGUGAAGGCUAUCAUUGUUAUGUCUACAUUUGAAUCAUUUGAAUUUGUUUUCAUGAUACAUUUGAUGUCUGAAAUAUUUGGCCAAACUGAUAAACUGUGCCAAGCUUUGCAAAGAGGGGACCAAGAUAUUGUUAAUGCCAUGGCAUUUGUAACAUUAACUAAGGAGCGAUUGCAAAAUAUGAGGGACCAUGGGUGGGAAGACUUUUUACAUUUUGUAAUUUCUUUUUGUGAUAAGUAUAAUGUGGAAGUACCUGCUAUGGAUGAUAUGUAUGUUCCUCGUGGAAGAUCGAAACGCUUCUUUGCCAAAGUUUCUAAUCUCCACCGAUUUCGGGUAGAAAUGUUUAUAAGUGUCAUUGAUUUACAACUCCAAGAGCUCAAUAAUAGAUUUGAUGAGGAAAAUAUGGAGUUGCUUAUUUGUAUAUCAUGCUUAAAUCCGGUCAAUUCAUUUGCGGCAUUUGAUAAGAAAAAGUUGAUGAGACUUGCUGAGCUAUAUCCCAAUGAAUUUCCAACUAAUGAUAUGACAAUGACUGCACUUCGUCAUGAACUUGGAUUUUUUAUUGAUGAUAUGCGCAAAGAUGCAAGGUUUAGAGACUUGAAGGAUAUUAAUGAGCUUUCUAUGGUGCUUGUUGAAACAAAUAAGCAUAAUUCUUACAAAUUGGUUUACUUGCAUAUACGACUAGCAUUGAUCCUUCCGGUGGCGACUGCAAGUGUGGAACGAGUGUUUUCAUCAAUGACUUAUGUAAAAAAUAAGUUGCGGUAUAGUAUGGGCGAUCAAUUAUUGAAUGAUAGUUUAGUCACUUUUCUUGAGAGAGACUCAUUUGCUAGAGUGAGUGAUGAUGAUGUAUUGAUACGCUUCCAAAGUAUGAAAACUCGAAGAAUGCUUUUUUAG